AUGGCUGAAGAAAAAGUCGUCAGACUUAACGUUGGAGGUGUUUCUUACCAGACAUCCCUUGCAACACUGGGCAAAUACCCUAAGUCUAUUCUUGCAGCCACUUCAAAAUUGAAGAAAGACGAAAAUGGUUCGUACUUCGUUGACAGGGAUGGUGAGCUGUUCAGGUAAGGAAUGUCACUGGAAUAUAAUCUUUGUUUCUUCCUACUUCUUGUGGUGGGAGGAAGACAUGAUAAAGACGGGAAAUCAUCAGUUCUAUUCAUCUGUUUACUAGGAAAUGGAUGUCAGGUAUAAUCUUUAAUUUUCAUUCCUUUUUUCUUUCAAUUUUUUAUUGUGAGGUGGGGGGGGGGGAUGAUUGCAAUGUGGGAAUCAUUAGUUUUAUCGUGGGAAAAGUAAAAAUGUAUUGAACUCACGCUUUAUUUUGCUGUAUCUGUCAUAUAGCUUGAAUUAGCUUUAGUGUUCCUUUUGUCCUCUAAUAGGCACAUACUCAAUUACUUUCGAAAUGUGAAGUUAAUCUGCUCUGAUGAGACCCUAUCCCCACUGCGUGACCAACUAGUCGCUGAAGCCAAGUUUUAUCAGCUAGAGGGACUAAUCAACCAG